GGUGAUGGCAGGAUGGGUGGAGUUGGAUUCACAGUCGGUGAUAGCAGGAUGGGCGGAAUUGGAUUCACAGCCGGUGGUGCCAGGAUGGGUGGAAACGGAUUCACAGCUGGUGGCAGGUCGGGCCGGUUUAACAUGGAAAUGCUGCGGCCAGCAGGGGCUCCGCGAGUAAAGAGGGACGUUCUCCACGUCACGCUCAAGGGGAAGAAGACCUUUGUGACGGUGACGGACGUCAAGGGGAACAGGAAGGCUGGGGCUUCCGCUGGCUGCUUGGAGGAUCGAAAGGGGCGGUCUCGUCUUGCUCGGUAUGCUGGUGAAGCUACAGGGGAACACAUGGGGCGAGUCGCCAGCAAGAUUGGCCUAAAGUCGGUCGUCGUGAAGGUGAAAGGAUACUCCUUUUUCAGGAAGAAGAAGAAGGUGAUCAUGGGCUUCGCGGACGGUUUCCGGGGCGAAAGAGUGAGAACCCCGUCUCCUAUCAUGUACGUCCAUGACGUGACCCAGCUCGCGCAUAAUGGAUGCCGGCUGCCCAAAAAGGUAAGGAAGUAAGACUGAUAAUAGCCCCCAGCAAGAAGUGCGGAGAUCAAUAUCCUGUCCCAAGGAGAAACAAAUUAAGAACGAUAUGUAUGUAUCGACAGGUUUUGUAAUAAUGUCAUGAGCCUGGAAGUAUUUAUGAAUACUUAUUAGACAGUCUUAGAUUGGCUCUUGUAAGACAAACAUUUUUGUCAUUUCCUGUAAUGUUGCUGAAGUGAUGGAUUUGUUUUGAUA